CUGAGACUAGCCCGCUCGCUCGCUCGCUAGCUGCCGGCGCGCCUCUUUCUCGCCUCUGUCCCUUCCUUCUGCCUCUCCCCUGCCUUCUCUUUCGUUUUCGCUGCGAGCUGCUAGUGGUCCUCCAGCGACCUUAAGAGUGACACAAGAGGGAGCCGUUUUCCCGUUAAAAAGAAAGACACACAGGAAGAGACCGACCGUAUGCUCCUUGGACUAUCUUAGCGCAGUUACCCGGCAACUAGCAAAGUUUGCAGUGGCAGCCAAUCAAAAGGCAGCAGCUGGAAGCAGAAUUCCCUCCUCCCAUCUUCCUCCAAGAAGGAGAAAUUGGAUUUAUUUGACCUCCUAAAGACAUAAGCCAUGGCAAAGGAAAAGAAGAAGGAUAAAAAGAAAAAAGGGAUCUCACAAAUAUCCAAAGAGCCUAGAACCUAUUUUCCAGAAGCCCUGUUGGCAUUUCAAAUUCAGAUUAAGGAAGAGGUCAUUGAUCAGCUUCUCGGUGAAAUCAAGCAACUGGAAGUAGAGAAUGAGAGAAGCAAAGAAAGAAAUCAGCAUCUCAAAUCUGAACAGAUUGAACACAUCCGAGCUCUACUAGCGAACCUGAAAGAACAGGAGAAGGAGCUUGAAAAAAUAGAAAUUGUUACUCGGGAUGAUGUUGAGAAAGCCAUGAUGGCCAAAUGGCAGUACAUCAAGGAUCAGGAGAAACUUAUUAGAGAUAUGCGUUUCCAGAUACAUUAUGUUGAACAGAAACUUAUCCAAAAACAAACUGAAAUAGACUACUGGACUGCUUACAAAAAUGUGGGAAGCACCGAUCACUCAACUCAGAUUCAGUUCUUGGAACAGGAUAUUAAAAAGUUGAAGGAAGAUCUUGACGAAAUGACAGAAUUUUUUAGAAUUUCUUUGGAAGAAGCAAAGGAUAAAAUUGACAAAAACACUUUGAGACAGUUGGAGUUAAAGAAAGAAUGGGCCACUGAGAAUGCUGUUAAGCACAUAGACAAGAUCAGCCGCAGGGAGAUUAAAGAAUACGAGUGGCUAAAAGAAGAAGUAAGUUGAUUUCUGCAGGACAGAAAAU